CCCCCUCUCCUCCCCCCCACCCUCAACUAGGCCGGGCAAUGAUGGCGGCGCGCUGUGGGAUCGCGGGAGGUCGCGUGGGCUCGUGGUGGAGAAACAGGAGGUACGGCCUCGGCUUCAGGCGCAGCUUCUGCGAGGGCAGCGGCCACUCCGGGGCGCCCCUCACGCAGCCGCUGCCAGGGCUGCCCCUCCCCGUGUAUGCCCAGGUGACGGGCAACGAGACGUACGACACACACGUCACCACGUUGGGCAACGGACUCAGGGUCGCGUCGCAGCACAAGUUCGGCAAGUUCUGCACAGUGGGAGUUUUGGUGAAUUCCGGAUCGCGACACGAAGUGAAAUAUCCUAGCGGAAUCUCCCACUUCUUGGAAAAGCUUGCGUUCUCUUCCACAGCCCGGUAUGGGAGCCGCGAUGAAAUCCUUCACAUGCUGGAAAAGCACGGCGGCAUCUGUGACUGCCAGACCUCCAGGGACACGACGAUGUACGCCGUGUCGGUGGACUCGAGCGGACUGGAGACGGUCGUGAGCCUCCUGUCGGAUGUCAUCCUGCAGCCGCGAUUCACAGACGAGGAGUUGGAGAUGACGAAGACGACGAUCGGCUUCGAGCUGGAGGACCUGGCCUUGCGGCCGGACCCGGAGCCGCUCCUCACGGAGAUGAUCCACGCGGCGGCGUUUCGCGAGAACACGGUGGGGCUCGCCCGGUACAGCCCCGCCGAGAGCCUGCCCCUCAUCGACCGCCCCAUGCUGCACGACUUCCUGCGCAGCCACUACUCGCCCGAUCGCAUGGUGCUGGCCGGCGUGGGCGUCGACCACGGCACGCUGGUCCAGUACGCUGAGCGCCACCUGCAGGGCGUGACCCCGGUGUGGGGCGCUGGGAAAGGCGUAGACCCGGACCGCUCGGUGGCACAGUACACGGGCGGACAGAUGAAGGAGGUGAAGGACAUGUCCAACGUGAGCAUGGGCCCCACGCCCAUCCCCGAGCUCACCUACGUCGUCAUCGGCCUGGAGAGCUGCUCCUUCCUGGAGGAUGACUUCGUGCCGUUUGCGGUGCUGAACAUGAUGAUGGGGGGCGGUGGCUCCUUCUCAGCCGGGGGGCCCGGCAAGGGCAUGUUCACGCGCCUCUACCUCAACGUGCUCAACAGGUUUCACUGGAUGUACUCGGCCACGUCCUACCACUUCAGCUACGAGGACACCGGCCUCUUCUGCAUCCACGCCAGCGCCGACCCGCGUCAGGUGAAGGAGAUGGUUGAGAUCAUCACUCGGGAGUUUGUGCUCAUGGCAGGAAACGUCGGAGAGGCGGAACUGGACAGGGCCAAGACGCAGCUGCGCUCGAUGCUGAUGAUGAACCUGGAGUCUCGCCCCGUCAUCUUCGAGGACGUGGGCCGCCAGGUGCUGUCGACGGGGCAGCGCAAGCUUCCGCACGAGCUCUGCACGAUGAUCGAGGCUGUGACGGCGCACGACGUGCAGCGCGUGGCGCGCCGCAUGCUCUCCGGAAAGCCGGCCGUGGCGGCGCUGGGCGACCUGUCUGAGCUGCCCCCCUACGAGCAUAUCCAGCAGGCGCUCGCCUCCAAGGAUGGCCGCCUGCCCUACUCGUUCCGCCUCUUCCGGUAGUGGCGGAGAGAGGGGGCUCCGCGGCCCGACCCCGCCGGUGCUGCUCGUGCCCCGCUUGGACCGGUGGGGGGCGGGGAAGUGCCGCUGUCACGGUGGCGCGCACAACGGCUCGCUCGCCGGUGAGCUAAAGACGUUUGUUGUUAGGGGCGGCGACGGGAACGGGUGUGGGGAAACGGGCGGCACGGGGGCCGCCAACAGAUCACUCAAUUGGGAUCGUAGACCGCAGCAAUCGUCACCCCCUGCUGCGAAACCGCUAUAAGCGGUGUGCGUAGCGAGCCACGACGCAUUGUGUUACCGUGCGUGCGUUUACAGGUUCACGAUUGUUUAGUGCCCCGUGCCAUCGGCUGUCGAGCUUAAAGUGGCGCGCCGCGAAGACCGAGCGAGCUCCUGAGCGUGCCGCGGAGUGAAAGGGUUGAAGCACUGCCACCUGCAGGACGCGCGGAGUGAGAAUGCACGCGGGAAUCACCGAGGGAUGCGUGCCCUCGCGUGCGCACUAUGGGCGCGGUGAAGAGCGGUGUGUACGCGGCAACGUGGUUUUACACGGCGAUCGAAUGCCGAAGCUGUGCGUACACGAGCGUGUGAAAUCAGCUGGUGAGCCAGCCGAUUUUUAACUGUACACGCACAGAUGUGAUUUUGCUGAGCGCACAGCAGGACUGGGAGGCAUUUCGCUCCCGGACCUGGUUUGGGUUCCCAUGCGAUUUAAAUCGUCCACUUUCGGUCCACAAAGGCUUGGCUUGUCGUGAAGGCUUUCGGGCGGCACCUGGGCCUCCGCCUCGUGUUUCUGUCGUUUUUCUCCCAAACGUAGUCCACUUGUGCUGUCCGACAUCGCGUCAUGGAUUUUACGGGAUUCCCGUUCAGAACUCUUGGUCAGAAGUUGCCGUUGUAGAACUACUUCUCCACCCCUCGGCACAAGGGGUGCCCAAUCACAUGCCCUGCAGUGAGUUUAACAUGGAACAAAAAAUGCUUCAAUUUUCAGAGCAGGACCACCUUAAAUGAAGUGAAAAAAUAAAUGAUUUAUUUUUGCUGGGCAGUCACCGGUGACCAGACCUGCAACUAUCAAGUCCGUUCGACUUGGGAAUCAGGUUUCAUCACUGGCGGCUGAAACCGGGAUUCUAUUGUAAUGUUAAAUGAUUAGCUCAUUAAGUUUGGGUCAAUAAUGUUGGCGAAUUAAAUUUUUGUUUUAAAAUAUAUUUUCCUGUUCUUACUGCUUUGCGUGGUACUGCUGGAGCCAUGGUUGCUCUGCAGUUGUGUCGUGGGACUGGAAGUGAGAACAUAACAACGCAGCGCGUUCAUUCAGCACGGAGGCUUUCACAGCCAAUGGUACGAGUCACCGUUGACUUUCGCAUUAAGCUCCCUUCAUUAGGAACCCACCACCACUACCCCACCCGACUCCGAAUUUCUGGAUCUUGUCCUGAUGAUGCUUGAUGCAGUCGCAAGCGAAAAACGUCACAUCCUCUUUAAGUCGCUGCUGAAAUGAUAAGAAUCGGAGCAUCCUUACAAUGCUUGUACACCACGUGACAAACAUUUUUUUUGGCUCUGUCAGGUGAUGGGGGGGAAGGGUAUUACGACACAAAUUUGGUCAGGUGAUUACGUGUGGCCUAAGGCAAAAAAAAGCAAUGAAGAAUAAAUUUCACGUGUUUUGUUGUAACAAACAAUUCCCAUACUCUGCGUGGGCGAGUUUGCUCGUUUGUUGCUGCAAAGAAAGGAAGUGUUCGGAACGCGAUGCGUUGGUACGGUCGCACGUUCGUUAAUGUGUUAAGCGUGCAGGCCGACGUGGUGUGGCAGCUGUAAAUUUGAAAACAGUGUUUGUGCGUCACGUUUCCGUUGCGUUAGGGUUUAGUUUUAAGGCUGCAGGAACGUUUGAUUCGAUGUCGGGAUAUUAACGUUGUAGCUCGUGACCUUAUUUUGUACCCGCCCUUGGCUUACGCUUGUGUUUUGUUUUUUUAAACGUUCUUUUACUGGAAUACAAAGGAGACGGUUACACGCAGGAAGCCGUAUUUGCAGUCUGACAUUGGUGCCGAAACGAGUACAAAAAUACGUGGGCCAGACAUCGUGCUUUUGAAGCUGUUGCCGCGUCACCACCGGAGCUCAGUCGCUCGCGAACUUCAAAUCGGCGUGGCUAUCGGCACCAGCUCUUGGGCCAGCGGCGUGGCUAUGGCGUGCCUAUGCAGGUGGUGGCAGUCCACUGAGGCCCAUGGGGGUUGAAGGGGCCCGGGUGCUGGGCUAUGAAGGGGGGUAGACUGGACAGGAGGGUGGGGGGGGGCCCAUUUAAUUCCUUGAAUCCAGAGCCCAGACUACAGAGUCCAGUCACCCCACUUUACCAAGCAGUACGUGUGUAUAAACAUGCGAGUACACAGCGUGGAAGAGUAGGCCAAAUGCUCUCGAGCAGGGCUCCCGCAAGCGAUGGGCCCGACGUGUGAUCUCGUGGUCAAACAUGUUUGGGAACGGCUACUUUUAAAGGAUGUUUGAAACCGUUGGUAAUUGAGUUGUCGCACCGUAUGUAGCGGGGGAAGGACAACAAACUAAACACAGAAAGAAGUUGUAAAGAAAUUAAUUUGUCAAUCUAGAUCAUUUAAAAGUCCAUAGUUCCAAUGGCUUCCUAAAAUCGGAAGGAAGAGCGCGAUGUGGCGACUCUCUUUAAUUGCAGUGUCUGUCAGUUACAAUUUCAUGAAGCGUCACUGCCCGUUUGUGCGUUCACUUUGUGUUGUUGCCAGCACGAUGUGUGUGUGAUGUACAUGCACACAAAGCUGUUUUGUGCGGCAUGUGGAGAAAAAUCAACAUUAAAAGGAAAGAAACACCAACA